GUACUGUGAGCGCUCGAGCCAUCAGAGAUAUGUUGGGCGCCUUGCGUCUGGACGUGCAACCCAAAACGAUAAAGGACACGAUCUCCAGCCUCGGCAUGCGUGCGGAUAAUCACGGCAUCAGGUUCGAAUGCUUUCACUCGUUGGUCAACUCGUUCCUGGGCGCCGCUGUUGUGUCGGAGGCCACGCUGGCAGGAGUUUUUGAGAAGCUGGCAGAAUCGAUUGACGUCCCAGUUAUCCAGGCGCCCGACGGUAACGAGGUCAAGGAUGCGCUGGCGCUCGCAGCGGAGAUCCAAGGCGGCUUCGACGUGGUCCAGCGCCCGAGCGUCUCUGUCUACUACGAGAUGCCCAAGUACGAUUUGGCAGUGCAGAUGGUGGAGCGAGACAACGAACUAACACUCUUGCAGUCCGAACUCAAGCAGGUGAAACGACGGCUGGCGACGACGGAGCAGCGCCUGGGGCUACACACAAAAAAAUCUCGGAUCCUACACGACACCCACCGUUCACUUGUGCAGAAAACGAACUUCAGACCAGGCAAGCGCUGCGUCAGCAUAUGGGGCGGCUACCAUUUGGCGUACAAGAGGUCUCACGGCUGCAGCAGCGCACGACCUGUCGUGGCCAUGUGUGCUGGCGAGGAGUGGCAGGGGUCCUCCACAGACGGUGCCAAGAACAUGGUCACCCGCUUCGAGCAUAACCUGUCCAUUACCAGGACCGUGGUCGUCAAAUCAUUCUAUGAUUCGGUCAAUCACUUGCACGCGACAUCGAAUGAUAUAUGCAUCAACUACGCGAGGGCGGCUUCUCUGGACAGUGGGGAUAUGGUGGCGCUGAUUGGGGGUAAGUUGUUCAGCUUCGAGUUCAUCAUGUUCAGGGGCGACGCCACGAACCAAGAGGCAGCCAAUGAGGCAAAAGUGUGGACAGGUGUAGCCAGUUACAUUGCAACAUGCCCAGAGGCGUUGAGUGACAUCAGCAGCGACACCAACUUCGACAGUGACGAACUCAAGCUGACAUUAUUUCGGGAAGUGCUGGACUUGCAGACAGUUCGGACGGGCGGCGCAGGCGUCCCACGGAAAGUCAGAAAAGCAGCUGCCGAGCUCAAGUUCCCACCCAAGGUUGUCAAAGAACCUGUUGGCAACACCAUUCAUCGGGUUAUCGCGACGCGGUGGGGCCCCGUUGACGACAUCGAGAUGCACUUGAGGAAUGGUCGACAUGUGCUUGGACCCGCUGUCAGACGCACGUGGCCGAAGUUCGACGACACAGACGCAGACAAGACAAAGAAGAAUACGAAAAAGCUGGACGGUGAGGACGCUGAGUGGUACGAGAAACGCCGAAACUACCGCCAGACCACGGUUGCCUUGUUGAGCGACAAGUUGUUUUUGGGGACAGCUGAGAUCGACCUCGUCGCGAAGGGGCCCCUUGCCCAUUUCCAGCGUUGGGCGCAUCAGGAGAGCAAGAUUGAGCGAGAACACCGACCGGAAGCGUCAAAGCAAGGGACCGCCUACACGGGUCCAACCUUCGUUUCUAAGUUCGUGUCGGGCAAGGCCAAGGUUAUCUUACACGAUUUCAACGCCCUCCUGGACGACGACGCCAUGCUGACGCACUGGGUCGGCGCCUGGAGUCUGAUUCGAGCUGGCGAUGUACCAGAACAUGCCGAGGAGGCAUUGCGCUUGAUCGUGACCUUGGUGGUGCGUGGCGCUCUUGAUUGGGAGCGACGGAUGUACGACCCCACGCAGAGGUUCCCACUCGACUUUCUCAACGUCUUGGAGGCGGACCCUGAGGAGGCCUCGGCUCCUCGUGAAGCCUUAGCCCAUCGGUUAAUGACUGCAUCCAAGGAGAACUUGGAGUGGCAGGAUGGCGUGUACAACUCCUUCAGCUUCAAGUUACGUGCCAUGUUCUAUGAAGAUUUCGCCAUCAUGCAGGGCACUGGUAAGUGCAGGAGAAUGGCAUGGAUAUCUCUUUCAGGCUGGCGCGCGUUAUUCAAUGGCGAGGCGCAGGAGAUCGAAG